ACUACAAGCACACAGCUCUUCCCUCUCCAAAGGCAGUCACACACAACAAGAAGCAGCUUCUCCUCUUCCAGAGCCACGAACAUCUCACAGCAAGAAGCUAGCUGCCUUCUUCGUAGCAAUUUCCAGUUAAUGUCGCCAACAAUGGCCAUCACCACCGCCACCCUGGUGCUCCUCGUCGCCUCCCUCCUCGCGCCCAGCGCCCUCGGCUCUCGCUCAGGCCCAACCUCGCACCACGGCCACGGUGGCCACGCCAAGCACUCCCCGCCGCCGUCGCCGCCGCCCGCGCCAACCGCCCCGGUGGCCGCGGCGCUGGUCCGCACCACCUGCAACUCCACCGCCUACUACGACCUCUGCGUGGCCGCGCUCGCCGCGGACCCCUCCAGCACCACCGCCGACGUGCGCGGCCUCUCGGCCAUCGCCGUCUCCGCGGCCGCCUCCAACGCGUCGGCCUCCGCGGCCGCGCUCGGCGCCAACGUAACCGCGCAGGGCGGGGCCGCCGUCGACGGCACCGUGCAGGCGCUGCUCCGGACCUGCUCCGCCAAGUACGGCGAGGCGCGGGACGCGCUGGCCGCCGCGAGGGGCUCCAUCGCGCAGCAGGACUACGACUACGCCGCCGUCUACGUCGGCGCCGCCGCGGAGUACCCGCAGGUGUGCAAGGCGCUGUUCCGGCGCCAGAGGCCCGGGGCGUACCCGGCCGACCUCGCCGCCAGGGAGGAGGCGCUCAAACAGCUCUGCUCCGUCUCGCUCGACAUCAUCUCCCUCCUCAGCGCGACCAGCUGAAGCAAAGCUGCAACGAACCAAUAUACCCAUAUACUAUGACCCGAUGCCUACUGCGCACAAGCUAUUUCGUAAAUUAAUUAAGGAUGUAACCACAAGUACGUAUAGUUGUAACUAGUGUAGCGUACGUGUAAUGACACGUGCUAAGUCUCCUUACGUUUUUGCUACUAUAUACUAAGUGCAGUGUACUCAGUUAACUACUAAUAAUAAUAUUGAUGAGAUAUU